AAAUGUGGCCAGCGUGUGUAACCAUUCUCUUAACCGCAACGAUCGCAGUAUCGGCUACUGAUGAUGCGUUCAACAUUGAGCUAAAGCAGAAGGACGCCGAAGUGUACCAUGAGCAGAGCUUCGGCAAAAACGAGUUCAAUUACGGGUAUCAGGUGGAGCGUACAAACAGCCAGUUUCAGCAUAAGGUCAAGGGUCCGGAUGAUGUAACGUACGGCUGCUACGGGUACAUCGAUCCGGUGGGUGAGAAGCAUCUGGUGUACUACAUUGCCGACCGGUUAGGCUACCGGCUGCUGGCACCGGAUCAACCGACGAAAGUUUUUACCGACCGCGUAGCGAACAGUGUAAACAAGCUGGAUGCGGAUCUUCAGGGUCGAAAGCUGGACGAGAAAGUGGUAGCAUGGAAUGAUCUUUACCUUCCCUCGACCUGUCGUCGAUUGAAUGAAAUUGUUAGCAUUACGCCACCACCGACAACGCUUAGACCCGUGCUGCCUCCGGCUACUAACGUGAACGAUCGUGAUCGAGCAUUGAUUGGGGGAUCCACCGGGCAAGGUACGAUUCAACGGCCUGAAAACGAAGGGCCUGUACGGGGAGAUCCGGACAAUGUGAACUCUGGAAGUGGAGGUUCUGUGGGAGUUGCUGAUGGUUCUAACGGUCCAGCUAUUGGCGAAGCUUCCAAUGCGAGUCACUCAAGUUCGGGAGUUGAAGACUCUCCCAGUAGUCCUGCCGUAAAUGUUGAAUACAACGGACCUUCAGACGGAAACAUUCAAUCGGAUAGAGUGGACCUUCCUGAACCCUCAACUACCCAAACUCCAACCACGCCCGCUACCCCUGCAGAAAUCCCAACAACUCCGGAACCUUCAACUGCUUCGGAGCAAACAAAUUUCCCUCCCCAAACUACCUAUCUUCCAGUCACUACAACCUCCCAACCACCCAUAAUUCGAGUUCCAGAUCAGCAACCUCCACCCUAUCCCACCGCUUCCCAACCGAACAACUGUGGGCACGAUUCGUCCGCUCCACGGCCCAAAUAUCCCGGUUCGAUCGCCCAGUUCAAUGGGUUUGUGUUUCCGAUCAAUCGUAACUGCGACGACAGUGCACGCAACACGGCCGAUCUGCUCGCCCAAAUGCAAACGCUCAACGAGAUGGUCCUGAAGGUGAGCAAUACACUUCACACGCUGAUCGAGGGCGAUCGUAACCGUACCACUGCCGGCGAUACCUGCGAACGGGUGCUGGAGCUGCUUAACAUCCAGCAACCGGUGCCAUUGCUCGUGUACGUACCCAUCAUGGUGCCUUACCUUGACGGUGGUAUAAACGGUGACGGGGCAAAGCCACCGGUCAAUCCGGCGAGUUACGCGUACGCCAAGACGUGCAGCGAUUGUCGAUAG